AUGUCUGUCCUCUCCCGCGCCGUCCAGCUUGCCUUUGUUGCACUUGGCCUCUGCCUCUUCUUCUCCAACUUGGUUGCUGCCCAGCCCAUUGCUGGCCCAUCCGUCGGUGUCUCUAUCAAGGCCGUCAAUGGUGUCUGCCGCGCCGACAAGCCAUGCGAGCUCGAAGUCACCGUCAGCAACGCCAACUCCAAGAAUCCCGCUACCAUCUUGACCUGGAACACCCCUCUUGACUCCCUCGCCGACCAGCUCGGUGUCUUCGAGGUCCGUGACACCAAGGGCGCCGUUGUUCCUCUCGACUUCAUCCAGGUCCGCCGCAUGACUCCUCCACCAGCCUCCGACCUCGUUGAGAUCAAGCCCAGCGGUUCCGUCAAGGUCAAGGUCGCCCUCAACACCCUCUCCACCGCCGAGCUCCCAGCUGGAACCAAGUACACCGUCAAGGCUACCGGCUGGUGGCAGGCCGUCUGGAACCUCCCCAAGCAGGAGGUCGUCAAGACUCACCUCCAGGAGCAGUCUGGCGCUUUCUCUGGCGACUUCAACUCCAACACCGUCCAGGUCACCAAGGUACGUCUAUCAAGCAAUAUCUGA